AUGUGUUUGGGCCGGGGGGCGGCGGCGGCGCUUUUGCUGCUGCCGCCGCCUCUGUUGCCGCUGGAGAAAGGAGGCGACGACGACGAAGAGGAAGAGGAGGAAGACAAGGGGGCUCGGGCCAGGGGGGGCCGUAGCCCGGCGGGCCCGGGCUUGGGGGGGAGACGGAUGCCGCGGAGCAGCGCGCGGCUGCGGGGUGUAGUGGUUGCUGCCGCCGCCGCCGCUGCCACAGCCGCCGGCGAGGAGAAGGGUCGGAGAGGCCGAGAAGGAGCGGAGGAGGCAAAGAGCAGGAGGAGCCGCCGCCGCGGCAGCAGCAGCAGCAGCAGCCCUGAAAUGUCUUCCCCUCUCCUCCAGCGGCCAUGUUAA